GGGAAUGCUAACGGAUCCUACUGGAUUGGAAAUGACGUAAUACAUCAACUAACCAAGAGAAGGAACUCCUCCCUCUACGUAUCUAUCACACUGACUAAUGGGACAAGGCUCUAUGAAUUAUACAACCAGUUCUCUGUUGGUGACGAAAUCAACAAAUACAGACUUUUUCUUGGAGGACCAGCUACCGGAACCCUCGGUGUCGCUAUGUUAGACACUGGUGUUUUUGACUACGAUCUGUCUGGGAUGGGCUUCACCACCCCAGCCAGAGAUAACGACGGAGCUCGGGAUAACUGUGCUUCUUUUAGUCACCGUAGAGGAGGCUGGUGGUUCAACAGCUGUAACCACGCGUUCCUUAACAGUCAAUGGUCCCCGGGGUCCUGGCUCAGACCAUGGUUUCCCACAGUGAGAGAUAGUACACAGAUAAAAGAAACUCUCAUGAUGAUAAAACCUCACUGACUUUUUAU